CUGUCAGGAGGCCACAUUGGUAUGAUGGCGGGCAGACGUCAGGUAGCAGGCUGGGGGCGUCUGCUGCCUCUGCUUCUCCUGCUUGCAUCUCACGCCGUCAGCUUCUCCCCUCAGUUCACAGCGCCCGUGUCCAACGUGACGGUGGCGAGAGGGCGUGACGCGAAGUUUACCUGCCUCGUCAGACACCUUGGAGGGUAUAGGGUCGGAUGGGUAAAGGCGGAUACGAAAGCGAUCCAAGCCAUCCACACGCACGUCAUUACACACAAUCCUCGCGUCCACGUUAGCUUCGACGACCACUCCACCUGGCACCUAUUAAUCAAACAGGUGGUGGAGGAGGACAAGGGGCCGUACAUGUGCCAAAUUAACACUGACCCUAUGAUAAGCCAGAUGGGCUUCCUGGAGGUGCUGCGUCCCCCUGAAAUAGACGAUGAGGUGAGUUCCGGGGACGUGGUGGCGACGGAGGGUGAGCGCGCUUCCCUCAGGUGUGUGGCUCGUGGACACCCAACGCCCACCAUCACCUGGGUGCGGGAGGACGCUGGGGCCUUCAUGGUCAACAACGGCGUCAUUACCAAGGCGGUGGAGUCGUGGGAGGGGGAGGAGCUGGAGCUGACCCGCGUGUCCAGGGAUGACAUGGGCGCCUACCUCUGCAUCGCCAGGAAUUCCGUGCCGCCCCAGGUGUCCAAGAGGGUGCUACACGUCCACUUCCAUCCGAUCAUCCACGUGCCCAACCAGCUGAUCGGCUCACCCUACGGGAAGGAUGUCACCCUGGAGUGUAAGGUGGAGGCCUCACCCAAACCAGUCACCUUCUGGCAGAACAGUCAAGAGGAGAUGUUGAUGUCCUCUCCGAAGUACAACGUAAGCGAGGAGCAUCAGAAACCAGGCGGAUACGCGGUACACAUGCGUCUGGUCAUCAAGAACCUCACAGCUCACGACAUUGGCCAGUAUACGUGCGUUGCCAAGAAUUCAAUAGGGGAAGUGGACUCGCUGAUCAACGUGUACUACAUCGCGCCAGCCACCACCACGCCGCCGCCGCCUCGUCUCGUCCCAAGCUUCAUAGAAACCAACAGAGUAGAGGACGAGGAUGACACGGGCCGCCUCUCCUCGCCUGGCCUGGAUCUCGGCCCGCUAGACCACUCUGAAAAGGACUUAUUCCGCAACGAACUUACGGAAGGGUCUGCCAACGAGGCCUGGCUAACACGACCCCACCAGUACAGCCCAGGCCCUCUUCCUCCUACCUCAGGCGCUGCAGGUCAAGGCGGAAGGACCUGGUUGUCUGAAUCUAACGAGCUUGAUUCCUCCUCCUCUUCCUCUGCAGUCUCCUACUCCUUCUCGUCUUCCGUGUGGGCCAAGUGGAGGUUGGGGGUUCUCUGGGUGCUGGGGUUGCUUCGAUUUGGUGGGGGGGUGUGGUCUUAGAAAUGUGUGUGUGUGUGUUGUCUUGUGUUGUGUUUCCUGUUUUUUGUCUCUGUUUGUGUGUGUUUGUGUUGUCUUUUUUCUGUCUCUAUCUCUCUCUAUCUCCUUCUUGCACUCUUACCAUCCCUCACGUUGCCACAAGACGCCAGCACACUUACACACUCACUCACAAGUCACCACUCACUACCACACACGUCUUACCAUCGCUUCUCACACUGAUUCCUCCACUUAAAUGUUCCUUCUAUCUACUUACUUACUUUCAUUGUUUUAAGCUUAUUAUUCAUCGUAUAUGGCUUCCACUACUACUACUACUACUACUACUACUACUACUACUACUACUACUACUACUGCUACUGCUACUGCUACUACUGGUAUUACACACUUAUUGUAAUGAAAAUGUUGAAUUCACAUGGUUCGAAGCUCCUCUCUCUCUCUCUCUCUCUCUCUCUCUCUCUCUCUCUCUCUCUCUCUCUCACACACACACACACACACACACACACACACACCAGAGACAAACAAUUAAACAGAAAACGAGAAAGAGGAGGAGGAGGAGAAGGAGGAGGAGGAAGAAGAGCAGGAAGAAGAAGAAGAAGAGGAGAGAAGAAGAAGAGGAAGAGGAAGGAGGGAGGAGGUGGAGGAAGAACCAAGGUAAUGAGGUAGAUAGAGCAAUACUAACCUAACCUGGAAACACUAACCAUUAACUACCACUAACCAAGCCACCACCACCACCACCACCACUACCAUCACCACUGCAAAUAUACUACUACUACUAUUACUACUUUAUCCACUACUACAUAAUCCACAUCAUUCACCCUCCCGUCCCAUUUCCCUCCCUCCCCUCCAACCCCCUAUAAAGUCGGUCUGUCACUUCGUCUCGCCGUCAGGAGGAAGAAGAUGGGGCGUCAUUCUUGGUGUCUUUGGGUUCUGACAGCGUCCCUCGGUUCUCUUAGUGUGGGGAGUUAUUUACAGCUAUGACCUUAAUGGCAGGCAAAUCGUGAGAAAUAGUUCAUAGAAGGAAUCAAAAUCUUAAGUCUUAUCCCACCGCUGUCACCAUUUACGAUCCUGAAGGGAAUUGAAUUGGGAAUCAUUUAGAGUUACGACCUUUAUGGGAGGCAAAUCAUGUGAAAUAUAUUUGUUACGAUCUUAAUGAGAAUGAAAAUCGUAAGUCUUUCCCCACCGCUGCCACCAUUUACGAUCCUGAAGGGAAUGAAAUCUUGUAAAUCAUUUAGCGUUACAACCUCAAAGGGAAAGAUAUCGUAGAAAUAUUUUAGUUACGAUCUUAGUAGGAAUAAAAAUUGUAAGUCUUAUCCUAUCGCUGCCACCAGUUACGAUCCUAAAGCGAACAAAAUGUUGGGAAUUCUAUAGAGUUGCGAUCUUAAAGAGAAACAAGUUGUGAGAAUAUUCUAGAGAUACGAUCUUACUAGGAAUCAAAAUCGUAAGUCUUAUCCCACUGCUGCCACCACUUAUGAUCUUAAAGAGCAUUAUAUCUUGGGAAUUAUGUACAGUUACAAUGUUAAAGAGAAAGAAAUCACAGAAGUAUUUAAGAGUUACGAUCUUAGUGGGAAUCACAAUUGUAAGUCUUAUCUCACCGCUGCCAUCAGUUACGAUCCUAAAGGGAAUCGAAUCGUAGAAAUCAUUUAGAGUUACCACCUUAAAACGAAACAAAUUAUGUGAAUAUUUUAGAGUUACAAUCUUACUGGGAAUCAAAAUCUUAAGUCUUAUUUCAUCACUGCCACCAAUUACGAUCUCGGCAAGCUGUGUUCCCGAGCUAUUCUUCUUGUUCCAUAAGCAGCACAGUCUGGUCAUUUUCUCCACACACUGGGAUGCGGCAAUGUGAGGGAGAGUGACGGUUGGGAAGUCAGUGGACGAGCGACAAAGACCGGACAGGGUAUGAGAUGUGGAUAGCAGACUCAAUGGCCACUUAAGAGAACCGCGACUCAGGCUUUAAACCCUCUUGACAUUACGUAGUUAGAAUGGAUGAGCCGAUGGAUGAGUGACAAGGAGAGGAAGGCAGAGUUUGAGAUGCUGAUAACUGGACUCGUUAGCCACUUAAGGGAAAUCAUGAGUCAGGCUAGAACCUUCAUGAUGUCACUUAGUAGGGAUGAGAUAAUAUAGUGACUAGGAAAACAGGAGGGCAUGGUAUUUGAGGACGUAUAGUUUCCCUUCACAGCGUUGAGGAGUGUCCCCAGCAGCUUCUUAACCCUCUGAUUCCCCCUGAACCCAACGCCAGCAAGACACACGCUCCUGCCGGCCGCUCAAUGUCACUGUGCCUCUGUAUCUCCCUGUUUUGAUCACCUUUUUGACCACAGUUCUGUUAUUCUUUCUUUGCAACGAAACGGAAACUUGUUAGGAGCUGCAGAGUGGUGAACAGAGACCCGCCGAUCACUACAGUAUUAGACGUGUAUGUGUGGAAAUCAUCGUUGUUUGUGUAGUGAAGCGUCAUAUGUAUCUUUAUGUGUAUUGAGUUGGCGCCACUGUUCUCUGCAUCGGUCCCUCUGUGGGCUCUGGAUGUCAUGUAGUCAAGAAUUAACUCAUAUGGUAUUAAAUUCUCACCACUGUUCCCUACAUCGGGUUUUCUCAGCGCUAACAUCACAGAAACACUCGACCCACACUCCCUCUUUCGGAACCCCAAAUCCUGUCAAGCAAUACAAGGCUCGCAACUCGUGCACCCAGGUCUGUCUUCAAUCCUCCAGCGUGCGUGACCGCCUCCUCGGCCGCUGUUCUCGUGACGGACUGACUUCUGACCCCAUGACCCGCUGUCCCACUCUAGCGUCCUCCUGCCGGCGGGACGGAGCCAGGCGACACCCACAUAUACCUCAGAAAGACUGUCAGGUUUUGCAGUUCGCUCUAGCGGGGCGGCGAACUGACCCAGCUCUGCCUUGCGUCCCCUCAAAGCAACCAUGACCACCACUACCACUACCACUUCUACUACUACUACUACUACUACUACUACUAUUACUACUACUACUACUCAAAGGGGAAUAAGGCAGAAUUUGGUCAAGCUCCCCGUACUGUACACAAUAAAAUAAUAGAAUAGUAUCCCCCCCAACACCCUCAACCCACCCCCCCAACCCAUCCCCUUCCACCGUAUCCUCCAUUUCAUGCCCCGUCAGAAACCCACCCCAACCCCGCCUAGCCCCGCCCCCGCCCCCGCCCCGCCCCGUCUCAGGUAACAGAACAGGAGGCGAUUAAGGGCACGUGUAUGUACAGGUGUAGCGGGUCAGGUGUGUGUGUGUGUGUGUGUGUGUGUGUGUGUGUGUGUGUGUGUGUGUGUGUGUACGCUAUCACCUAGUGUCCCAAUGUAUACAUAAAUUAGAAUGUUUGUAUGUCGCUGUAUAUAUUCGUGUAUGUAUGUAUGUAUGUAUGUAUGGAAACCUCUGUAUGUGUGUGUGUGUGUGUGUGUGUGUGUGUGUGUGUGUGUGUGUGUGUGUGUGUGUGUGUGUGUGUGUUAGUGCAUGUACGUAUAGGUGUGUGCACGUGCAGGUCUGUACACAUCAGGGCAUUCUAUGACACACACACCAUCCUUUCAUAGUGUUAGAUGUUACUAUUUACUUUCUUGCCUGUAAAUAUCAUGACACUCAGUUGACCACUACAGCCGAGGGUUAAAUGAGCCCCCCCAUGCCCCUCUCACCCCCUGACCCCCCUCGCCCCACCCUACUCCUAGCUACUGUUUGUACGUUACAUAUCACGCUAUGGAGAGUCGCCACUGACACAUCACCCUUGUAACGAGCCGAGAUAUUCACCCUUACGGCAUCCUCGGGGACUAAACAUACAUACAUACAUACAUACAUACAUGCAUACAAGUCAAUAAAGGGGUACUAAAAUAAUUCCUGUAACCUAGAUUUUAAGUCAUAUAUUAUACAUACAUUAAAAAAGGUAUAUUUAAGACAAAAGAGAGUCAGUCGCACGGAGAGUCACGUCACGGGAAGAGUGAAGGUGUUAGGAGCGAUCUGUGUGUGAGGUUCGUCUGCAAACAAACGCUCAGCUCUCAUCAGGACUAUUUUCUAAGGCCACAGAGAUGACUAGCCGGGUUCUCAAGAGUGUUUCUCCUGCUGGCAAUGUAGAAAUCUUGCCCGUCUCUCGCUAGAACCUUAUAAACACUCUUAAAGACUCGCAUAAUUUUAAAUAAAGCCUUUUGAAAGUAGAAAUGAAGCGUAAAUGUGUUUGAGAAAGCUAGUCUGAGCUACGAGAGGGUUGAACCGCGGCAUUUCUUCUCCUGGCCUGCUAAGUCUUAACAAUAUUCUAAGUAUUUUUAAAAGCCACGUAUUUUCAGUUGUUUUCAAGUUCCUGGUGAUAGAUUAACAAGAUUUCUACGUUAUUAACAGGAUAAAUACUCUUGAUAACCCGGCUUAUCAUCUCUGUGGGCCUUGAAAUUAGUGGCGUGAGAGAAGAGCGUUUUAGAAGUCUGGCUAUGGAUGUGAGGAAAGUCAGGACACCACUACUCUUGUGAGAUUUGGUUUACUAAUUGUCACUCUCUAAUCUUAUGGCCACGAAAUACUGCUGUUCCUAUAGCAAAUGGGCCAACGACUCUAUGGUAACCUUUCUAUAAUAAUAUUCUUGUUUAUUUUUUCAUUUAUUUUUAUUUAUUUAUUUAUUUUUAUUUUUAUUUUUACCAGCUGAACACACGGCAAAUAUUCCUUAAAGAUGAUGACAACACUGCACCAUUAACUUCAUCACUUUAACCCAGUCUCUCACCACACCCAGUGAUCAUUGUUCUCUUAUAUCCAGAAACUCAAACUGAAAUAACAGCAGUGAAUAAUGAACUCUUGUGAAUAACAGUCUCACUUUAUUAAUAACCGAAUGAACACUUUAAUAACGCAAUCUGUGGCAUUUUUAAAUCUUUUUUUGGAACUGCAAACCUUGAAUCUGCUACAUUUACUAAGGUCUCGUCACUGAUAAAACUAUUACGCUAUGUAGGAAUGUAGAAGUUAUUUUCCCGCCAUAUUUGAACUUUGGUUGUGGUGAUCGUCGAGAAGAAUAAUUGCCUUUUCAACGGGUCUUCCCUUUUCCUCCUGUUUGUCUUCUUUUUCUUCUUAAUAUUUGAGUUCUUUUUUUUUCUUUGAUAUUCCAAGAUUUAAAUAUUGUUACAUUUGUUUAUUUUUUUUUUUUUUUUUUGUUAUUUUUCCUAUUUUCGUCUUCAAAUUGCAGAUGUCCAGUAAGUUUCUCCUCCUUUUUUUUUAUUAUGGACGCUGAAAAUUUAUGUCUACAACUACACUAUACUCUUCAUCUUCCUCUUGUGCUCUCUUCACCGCAUCUUCAUCUUCCGCCGAAGAGUGUGUGGGGGUCCUCUCUUUCACAGCCGCCCGUUACCAGCUGUUUGUCUCCGCUGAUUAAGGUUAAGGGAGCUUGGCAGAGGUCAAGCAAUCGGGCUGACCUCAAAUGACCUUGUACGUACGCUUCAUGUCACCUGUUGUCGUUGUUCAUAUUACGUUAUAGUAAAAUGUUAUCCACUA